AUGAAUUCGGCGCCAAUCUUCCGCUUCGCCCAGCUCUCCCUGAGCGCGGGCAUCCCGCGGACGACAGUACGAAACGGCCACACCUGGUCACGACGCAGGACGGCCAAGCCCGAACUCUCCAACUUCGCCCCCGGUCACGGCGAGCAGAUCUGGGUCUGGCACCACCUGACCUCCCAUCAGAUCAUCUACUCGCACACGCCUCAGCUCGACUCGAACCACGCCCUCAAACAACUCCCCUUUAUCGCGAAAAAGUCGACCCCGGCCAAGCUCCGCAAGGACCUGUGGCGGCCCAUGGCCCUCAUCCAGUUCCCCGCGGGCGCCGGCACGGCCGGCCAGUCGGCCUUUCAGAAGCUGCGCGAGUACCGGCGGCGCCACGAGCUCGAGUGGGGCGACGAGAAGCUGUUCCGGACCAGGGAGGACGCGGCGACGGGCCGGCUCGAGGGCAGCGCGGACAGGCAGCUGCUCGAGGCGACGGUCUUCUGGAGGGACCAGCAGGACAAGAACUUUGCGAGCGAGUGGAGCGCCAACGUCAAGCACGAGCUGUUUGAGGACGCCAAGGCGUUGCAGGGCGCCGAGGCGGCUGAGGUUGAGCAGGUCGUCGACGCAGCGACGCCUGUUGCGAAAGAGGCGUGA